AUGACUGGUCGUGGUAAAGGUGGCAAAGGCUUGGGCAAGGGUGGCGCAAAACGUCAUCGCAAAGUAUUGCGUGAUAACAUUCAGGGUAUCACAAAGCCAGCUAUCCGUCGUUUGGCUCGACGUGGCGGUGUAAAACGCAUCUCUGGCUUAAUUUAUGAAGAGACCCGUGGUGUGCUCAAGGUGUUUUUGGAGAAUGUUAUUCGUGAUGCUGUCACCUAUACGGAACAUGCCAAAAGGAAAACAGUCACAGCUAUGGAUGUUGUAUAUGCAUUAAAAAGACAAGGCCGCACCCUUUACGGUUUCGGCGGUUAA